GACAGAAGCCAUUGAAAUUCCACAGUUCAUCGGGCGCAGUUACCUCACGUACGACCAUCAAAACUUCCUCAAGCGGGUGUCGGGCCUGCGAACCAACAUCUUCAUGAGGUUCAAGGCCACGUCGGGUGAGGGCCUGCUGCUGUGGCGAGGGGAGACCUCCAUGAGGGUCAACGGUGACUUCAUCUCCCUCGGCCUGCAACAAGGGGCCCUGGUCUUCAGUUACAACCUGGGCAGUGGGCCCGUGUCGGUGCUGGUGAACGGCUCCUUCCACGAUGAUCACUGGCACCGGGUCAAGGCUGUCCGGGACGGGGCGUUUGGGAAGCUGACCAUUGAUGAUUACGGAGCAAAGACCGGCCGCUCCCCAGGCAAGAUGCGGCAGCUCAACGUCAACGGCCCCAUCUACGUGGGGGGAAUGAAGGAGAUCGCUCUGCAGACGGGACGGCGGUACAUGCGGGGGCUGGUGGGCUGCAUCUCCCACCUCACCCUCUCCGGUGACUACCAAGCCGCCCUGGUGGAGGAGGCCGGCGGCGGCAAGAACAUCAACACCUGCGGCGCAAGCUAGUCCGGACUGGU